AAAAGAAAAAAAUUAUCUCUAAAAGUAUUAUUGUUCGGCUAAUUACAUUUUAGCCGGACAAUAGGACUUAAAGAAUCGCUUAGAUACUAUUUCAGAUAGGUUGUUAGUUUUUUUCUUUAUUCUGAAGUAAUUAUCCUAAUAUAUACAUACAAAAAAAAAUCUUUCGGGCUGAAGCCCUCCUCUCCCCCUUCAAAAGGUUUGUUUUCACUCGUAAAAUGGAUGGAAAAACAUACAUAGGAAAAAUUCAACUUCUUAUUUGUUCGGAGUUACCAAUACUUUACUUCAGUCAGAACAAAACUAAUUAAGUUCAAUAUUUAAGAGAGCCUGAAUACCUACAAGGCAUCCAAAAUUUAUGUAGUCGAAAUGGAGAUGCGAUAGAUAAUUAUUCAUGAUUACUAAUUAAAAUUUGUAUGUUCAUGUUCAUAUACCUCAGAUGACAUCAUGACAUUUUAUUACAAACAAAAUUUAAGCUUCAAUAACAUUAAAACAUUUUUACCCAAUGUUAUUAUUAUUAAUAUUUAUACAAUGUUGAUUACUACUUCUAGUUCAUCCCAUAAUUUAUAACCUUUUUUCCCGCCUUAUAAAAACCUUGGAGUUACCUCUAGGAACCUAUUUUAUUCAUUACUUAAUUUUUUAAAAGUUAUUAUAUUUAAUCAAAUAAUUAUGUUUGAUAUUAACUCAUUUAAUGUUGAAUCUAUUAAUCAAAAUCCUAUACAAGGUUUAAUGUUUAUCAAAGACAACUGGGAAAAGAUUCCAACCCUUGAAUCUAACGAUGGCACACUGAAAGAUGGUCAUAUUUUGAAAUUUAAAGGCAUGAUUCAAGAUAUGCCAAAUCCAGUGUUUUAUUACUCAAAAUAUGAGACUAAUGAUAAAAUUACUGGAUUAUCAGUGAUAAGGAAUGGAAAAUAUAUGGACACUUUGGAGUGUAGUGAAAAUGAAAUUCUGAAUUUGGAAUCUGAUUCAUGUGAAAGUGGUGAAAGGCGUCUGUAUUAUAUGAUUCCCAUUCCUUCUCUAAGUCAUUGGGCUCAAAGGAAAUCUGGGGAUAUCAAAAAUAAUCUGGAGAGUACGGACUUAUUACCUAUUACAGAAUCAAAUGAUCUAAAAAGAUCUUCAGAGGCUAUGGAAGUUGAUAAUUCUGAUGCAGAAUUAUCAAAACGCCUCUGUACAUCACAACCUGACAAGGCUACGACAUCUAGUACCCAGUUAGAUUCAAAAUCCAACUCUGCUGGGUGUUUAGCUGUGAUGUAUGAUGUACCUGAAAGUUCUUUGAAGUUAAAUGAUGUGAUAGAAAUCGUUGGUUUUGUAUAUCGGGAUCCAUUACCUAAUGAUGAGGAUGAAUUUGAUGACAGCUACAGACCUCCAUCACCUCUUACACCUCGAAUACAUGUCAUAUCAUUUCGUCAAAUAAGAAAUUGUAACCCAUUAAUUGGUGACAUAAGUGAUGAUGUUUCCUCCUCGGUGAUGGCUGAAGCAGAAACUAUCAGAUCUGAUUUACAUCUAGUUCUGUCUCAGCUGCUACUUGGCGAUGUACUUGCUGCCGACUAUCUUCUUUGCCAUCUCCUAGCUCAGAUGAAAAAUUACAAAACAGGCCAUUUAGAACAAGGCAUUCUUCAGUUAUCUGAUAAUACUCAUUUGGUUGUUGAUGAAACCAAACUUGAUGAAGGGAAACUUGAAGAUGCUGGAGUUAGAAAUGUAAAUGCUCUUAUGAGUCUGAUCAAACGCCAAAAACUCGAUUAUGACUUCACUUAUUAUAAUGUUGGUUUCUGUACAGACAUUCCUGUCCUUGUGUUGUCUCAGUCUCCUUCAAUUUUACCUUAUGAUGCACAGGUUGAACUGACACCAGACAAACACUCAUCUUCUAAUGUUGAAGAUAAUAUAGCAUCAAUAAAUAAAUUUUUAACUGGUCCUUUGCUAGACAAAAUAAGAAUUUAUCUCACGGUUGCAGCCAAUCUUACUUACAAAUUACCCGAAGAAUUUCAGAAUAUUGUCCAAAAUGAUUUUGUUGAAUUGCGACAAAAGGAUUCUACAUUUUCUGUUGAUGAUUUACAUGAAUUAUUAGUUAUUGCGAGCGUUUUUUUACCCCUCUUAAAAAGAGACAAUGAUGGCCGGUUAGUUAUCCUCAUAAGAACUGCAGCUCACAAUCCAUCAAUCCAUAAGCAAAAUGAUGUUUUCAAAGUUGGAAUGAUGGCUCUUGACUUGGCACUAAUGGCGGAAGAUACUAGUGUUUAUGGAGUAGCAGCAAUUUUUGACAUGAAAGGUGUAACACUUGGACAUGCAAAAGCUCUAACUGUACAAAUGAUUAAAAAAGCAGUUACAUCUUGGCAGGUGCACAUCCAUGGUUCUAAUUAUGAGUCCUUACAUUCAACUGUACCAAAAGAAAUUUUGCCAGAAGAGUAUGGAGGUACUGAUGGUAAAUUGCAAAGUCUUAUAGAUUAUUGGAAUCAAAAAAUUUCUGAUUCAAAAUUGUGGCUUAUGGAAACUGAAAAGAAUCUUGCUAAUACAGAUGCAUCGAUACCCUUAUGAAGUAUAUUUUUCAAAUAUUUUUAAAUUAACUUUACUAUGUGCAAUAUAAUGAUAAAUUUCUGAUACUUUAGUAUUUAUAAAUUUGUAAGUGUAUCUUUUAUAAAUUAUAGUCAAGCAUUAUAAAUUUGAAUUUCAAAAUUCAAGUGCAUAUUAUAAUCAAAACAAAAAAAAGUAAAUCUGAUUUGAAUAAUUAGUUUAGUUCUCCAACUUAUAAUUUUUUUAAAAUAUAUUGGAGAUAAAUGUACAUUUUUUAAAAAUGAUUGUUAUCAAGAAAUGCAUUGGAAAUUCAGUAUUUUGUAAUUGGGAGCUUAUAAACAUUAAUUAAAGUUGUUUUGUUCACGUUAAGUCCAAGGAAAUACUAUUUAUCAAUAAUGUAAACCUAUUGAUGUAAAGGUAAUGGUUGAAAUAUUUUUUAUGUGAUCAUGUGAUAAAAUAAAGUGCCUUUUGUAUACUUCAGAAUUUUUUUUUUUACCUACUUCAACCAAUCAUUUUUUGUUUU